AGUCGAUCGUCCUCAAGCUCGAGAUGAAGGAGUUCGAGAAGGGAAAGGACAUCCGAGACGUGGGACAUGUCGGACGAGGAGAAGCUGAAGUUCUGCGACGAGCGCAAGGCCCUCGGGAAUUCGCUCUUCAAGGCGGGCAGGCUGGACCUGGCCCUCGGGCGCUACAAGAAGGUCGGUGAUGUAUUCUCAUACGUCGACAAUUUCCCUGAAGACGUCAAGGCAAAGGCACAGGAAUUGAAGCAGGCAUGCGAGCUGAACAAGGCUAUGUGUUAUUUGAGAAUUCAUGGGGGCCCGCGGAUUAACAACUAUGACGAGGCCAAGGCUGCUUGCAACAAGGUGUUGAAAGACGACAAAGGCAGCCCUCGGGAGGAUAAUGAGGAGUAUAAGCAGGAGCAGGAGGGCACGAAGAUGGGAACAUGAUUAGCAUGUGUGCCAGGAAACAUGUUAUCGACAAGGCCGACUGCGAGCAGCUCUGCCAAUGACUGUGCAUUUCAACCAUGUGUCAAAGCAGCGCGGUCUCUGUCGCCAAUGCCGAGGAAAUGGCGCUGUGGCCGUGCCUUCUGUCGACAAGAGGGUACGAGGCAGAAAUUCGAGAGCCAGCUUGGUGCGCCGACUACCAGAAUCGAUGCAGCGGCUACGGGUGUUUGUUGCAGUGGGUCCCGUAGUACGCUGUUCAUCGCAUUUGCAUGUUGCCUGAAUGUUGGGUGGCAUCGUCGUAGUCAUUGCGUUGCUACGCUCUGGCCCGCCACGUAGUUUAAGGUACUGUCUGCUGCAAAGCGGCGUGUGCAUGGGAGGCUCUCCCUGGUUUGCCCGCCCAGACAUUCCGUGCUCCGUUGGGUGAUGUUGUGAGGGGGUGCAGCUGGCCUGGUCAGGACAUGUUGCCAAAUCAGCGGACAUUUGCGGGACGACGGUGAGGGACGUCUUUGUGACAGUGUGCGGAAUGGCAUGCCUAUGUGGUUUCUCGCUCUUCAUUGCACUGCCAGCCACUGGAUGUGGAAGGAAUGAGUGCCAGCAGCAUGACAUGGCUGAAACGUAUGCGCAGCAGGAUGUUCAUGGUCUGUUCUCAGCCGCACAAGGAAGGAAAAGUAAAAACUGGGAAACCAUUUGCGAUUCUGUGCCAGCUUCGCUGCGGCCGCCGUCGCCGCCGACGUCGUGGUCGUCGCCGUCUUUGCCGUCCGAUUGACAUCCGCCCAGAAUUAGCCUCUGCUCCCCUCCCCGUGGAUCCCUCCUGCCCGCUUUGCCGGGUCACCCCGAGCCAUGGCGACGCGAACCCCGGAAGCGCCUCUGAUGUUCCGGAACGAUGGCGCCGGUGACGUCGCCAGCGACGUCGUCGAGAUCGCCGCCGCGAGGCAACGUGAAGGCCCUCUACAGGUGGACCCGCAGAACCGGGAGGUCAGGGCCCUGCUGAAGCAGGCCAUGGAGGGCCAGAAGGAGGUGAACAGACAGGCGAAGGGGAUGUACACGAACAUGGUGAAGGCUUUGGGCAAGAAGUAGGCGGACGGGCAAGUCCUCAGGUGGGGGAAGCUCCGCUCCUUUUUGAUCUGGCCUGCGGCUGCCGGCCGGGUCGGCAUCAUGCUGGCAGUGAUACGGGACAGUUCAGGAAAUGAGUUAUAGGUGUCAGUUGAAGGCAUUGUUUUCUGACAUGGUCUUCGUUAAGCCGCUUGCGCGCAACAACACGUCAUGGUGUGCCACUUGCGUGUGCGACAUGCGAGAGCAAAGUUUGUUCGUGCACCUUCUGCGGC